AUAGCAAAUGAGCCAAGAACAACAUAACACCACCUGAAAAUGAUGUUCUUGCCUGCGGUACUACGGUCGGCACGCAAAACCCAAUCCCUUGAGAGAUGUAUUCACCGACACCUCUUCCGGUGGCGCGUGCGCGCGUUACACCUUCCUCCGACGCAGAGCCCGGAGGACUGGAAUCUUCUCUUCUUCAGUUAGUCCACGAUCACCACCAAUCCUCUCUUAGGCUUCGCGAACUCACCGAGAAGAAGAAGAAGGAGGCGAUCAGGAACGCUGCGCGCGUGUCGGAUCUGUUGGUGGAGGCGGUGAACGGCGGUGUUCAAGAGUUCUUCGUUAACGAGAAGUGCAUCGAGCUCGAAAUUCGCGCCUUGGCCGCGACAAUCACCCGCUUCAUGAAGCAGACCGACCAAUGGCUCGCCGCCACGCACGCUAUUAACACCGCCGUCAAGGAAAUCGGAGAUUUUGAGAACUGGAUGAAGACCAUGGAAUUUGAUUGUAAAAGCGUCGUUGCGGCAAUCCAUAACAUUCAUCAAGAAUGAUUUCAGAGAAAUUUUUUGCACCAAAUGAUCCUCGUGUCUGAAUUAGGACACUAUCUCAUAUGUACAUAAUUGUUUGACAAACUUUUGAAUGAAUUGAAUUGUUUGCAACUGGAAUACAGAUCUGAUGGGGCGGGGUAAAAAUUGAUGAUUGAUUGA